UGUGUGCGCACACUCCACUCCACACGACUUCAUCGCACUGCUGGUCUCAUCUGUUGCGUCCCCAUUGUUGAGCUCCAGAUUUUAAUGUGAUGCAACAAUCCUUGCUUCUGGGACACCCGAGGGCACAAAUGAAUCAUUAAGCCCACGCAUUCGCGCACAUACACUUAUUGUAUCCACUCACGCACCCACAUACACACAUAUACACACACACACACACACACACGUACUGCACAGUCUUUGUACGCACACAAUCACUGACACACUCAUAUCUCGGUGCUGAAGAUGUUCUGGCACACACGCUCAGAGACAUCUACUUGAGAGACAGCCCAGCGCUCAUGUGGACACGAGGGUGCAGCUCUGCGAGCUCGUGUGUACCGAUCCCUCCGGAGGAGCCCGUCACGGCGCCACGCUGAGGAUGCGUCUAGGAGCAUGAGCGCCGUCGGCAAGGAGCAUGACAUGGUGUGUGAGAAGGCGGUGGCCCUUCUAACUGACCUCUGCAUGCACGAGAGCCCCCUGUUAGAGCACAAGACCUGCGAGGAGUUCCUCUACCUCAUCAACAACCAGGACUACAGCCUAAACCAACCCGACGUCACUGCUGGCAUCCCCAUCGGUGUGCUCGUGGCGUGUAGUUUGGCAUUGCUGCUGCUGGUGGCAUUAGCUUCCUGGAAAUUGUGCUGGAUACCUUGCCGCAAUAAGGCCGUGACAUCCACCAGUUCAGUCGCCCUGACCGCAGACAGCUACCCGUCCCCUCAGCCGCUGUCCCGUGUGCCCAGUCCCCAGCAGCCCCUGGUUGGCAUGGCCAUGGAGAAAGUGAAGGAGUCGCUGACACCCAUGGGCUUCCUGGAAGCAGCCGUGAAGAUCAGUCACACGUCGCCUGACAUUCCAGCAGAGGUGCAGCUUUCCAUGAAGGAGCACUUCCUGCGGCGCACACAGCGCAUGCAGAGACAGACCACAGAGCCAGCCUCGUCUACCAGGCACAGCUCCUUCAAACGUCACCUUCCUCGUCAGAUGCAGGUGGGGAGUCUGGACCUGGGAGACGAUUAUGUGGACAUGGACGAACAGCCCACAAGCAUCGGCCGUAUCAAGCCAGAGCUUUACAAACAGAGUAUGCCUGAGAAUGAAGAGUCGGCAAAGAAAGGGAGCUCCAAGACGUGUGGGAAGAUCAACUUUUCACUGCGCUAUGACUAUGAAAACGAGACACUGCUGGUCCAUGUCCUUAAAGCCUUUGACCUUCCAGCUAAAGACCUCUGCGGCAGCUCAGACCCCUACGUCAAGGUCUACCUGCUGCCUGACCGCAAGAAGUUCCAGACGCGUGUCCACCGCAAGACCCUCAACCCUACGUUUGAUGAAAUCUUUCAGUUCCCAGUGCCCUACGAUGAGCUGCACGGCAGGAAGCUCCACCUCAGCGUCUUUGACUUUGAUCGCUUCUCCCGGCACGACAUGAUCGGCGAAGUCGAAGUGGAUAACCUGUUCGAGGUGUCCGAUCUCUCCCGGGAGACCUCCAUCUGGAAGGACAUCCAAUAUUCUACCACCGAGAGCGUGGACCUUGGGGAGAUCAUGUUCUCGCUAUGCUACUUGCCUACAGCUGGGAGACUUACACUCACUGUUAUCAAGUGCAGGAACCUCAAGGCAAUGGACAUCACAGGCUAUUCAGAUCCAUAUGUGAAAGUAUCUCUUAUUUGUGAUGGGAAACGUUUGAAAAAGAAGAAGACCACCAUCAAAAAGAAUACACUCAACCCCACAUACAAUGAAGCCAUCAUUUUCGACAUCCCCCCAGAGAACAUGGAUCAAGUCAGCCUGCACAUCUCCGUCAUGGACUACGACCUGGUGGGUCAUAACGAGAUCAUUGGUGUGAACCGUGUCGGGUGCGAAGCCGAGGGCCUCAGCAGAGACCACUGGAAUGAGAUGCUGGCGUACCCACGCAAACCCAUUGCACACUGGCACCCCUUGCUGGAGCCCAAGAAAUCUGAAAAAGAGGUUUGCCUCCUUUUUUUAGCUUCCUUGGUGGAAAAUACUAUAGGUUUAUUUAAAUCUAGUGGAGCCCUGGAUUUGGAAGGGUGGUAGGGAAUAAUCAGAGGAAAUAAUAUGGUCCAAAAAAAACACCUCGGGUCAUUAUGAUUCAGUCCAUGCCUGGUGCCUUUGAAGAUGACUUGCAAUGAAUAAUUCAGAGACUGUGUGCAAUGUUUUAUUAUAUAUUAAUAUAUAAACACGACCUAUCCUGUAAAAAUAGUUUGUAAAACAGUGAUGUCUUUAAUGUUUAAUAAAUCACUAGUGCAUUAUGCUUAUGUGUUCUGCAUCUUGCAAGUUCCAAGUUAAUUUCAUUGCAGUACAUGUACAUUGGAAUUCUUGUGCGCUUCUCAGAGUCAGCUUUUCAUACGUGUAGUGAAUGGUGUGGUGAUUGUUUUUAAAACUUGCUAACUUUCCCCAUGUUCUCGUUUUUUCCAGUGGAAAACCAGGACGGCUAGUUUUGACAGUCAGGGCUCAUGCCCUUCCCCCAAAGCGCCUGCAAGCCCUUGAAUGGAAACACAUGUGACCCAGAAGACCUGGCUCCCUUUUCCUGCUGUCUGUCUGUGUGCCUGAGAAAAAAAAAGCAACAAAAACAAAACCAGAACGUAAAAAUCCCUGCCAUCUUCAGGUCUCCUUGGUUUCUCCAGCUCUCUGAGGCCUUGUGCACAAAUCUUUCAUGAAGCGUGACGCCUUUUUCGGUGCAGCAGAAGAAGUUUUUUUCUGCCUUCAAAAGGUGGAUGAAAGCUGACCAUGGCAUUAUCGGAAACAUCACUUCAAGAGGUUGAAGUUUUCCUUUGCAAGAUGAUCACAUUACUCAGUGCUCGCUGGUUGGAGAAAAAAAGAAAAAAAAAAAACGAAAGAGCUUAUCUCCGAGAGCCGAGUGUCUGAGCAGUGAAAGGAAGAAUGAUUCAAGCCAAAACGGAAAAAGGGACUCAAUCUAAGGCAGUGAGAAGUGAUAACAGUAGAGGAGGAAAAUUAAUUGUCAGCUAUUAUAUAUGAAAAAACCUCUCCAUAUUAUUUUGGGAAGGAAAAUCUGACUUAACACUGAUGUUGUUGAGACUUUUACAAUCGCUGUCCUGAGCUUUAUUGAUGUCGUAAACAGAAUUGUGUUCAUUUUGUCAUUAAAAAAAAAAAAAUCGAGAGGCGUUUCGGCCGAGCACAAUGUUCUCAAGUGCGCUUUCCUCACUGUCUCCAAAUAGAGAUAUUUUAAAGAUUGGCUUGGUGUUAUUGCUGGAUGAUAGAAUAGAAACCUAUACAUUUAUCUCUGUUCAAAUUGAUUAAGUUACCAACUGUAGGUCAGUAUGUUAGUACUCAUGUUCUCAGUAGUGUCUCUGUAUUUUUCGAACUCCAUUUCUGCUAAAGAUGUAGUUUAAUAGUGGAAACUCAUAUUAACCUUUUUUUCUUUUGCUGUAAUUUUAUCAACAUGCCAUCAUGUUCGUUUCAAACAGGUCUUAUACCUGAACAUCAAGGGCACAUGAAGUGUAUAUAAGGUCAUCAAAAUAAACCUUUCAUAAGCGUGGUCUAUUUGGAGCACAAAAUGAAACACUUAAACACACACAUGUAUAAUAUAUACAUAUAUAACAAAUUAUUCUAGAUUUACAGUGCGGCAAUUAUAAAUCAAGUGUGAAUUAGGGUCUCUGAAAAGCGAAUUGCACACAUAACACUACCACUUUUGAAGCCAUUUCGACUCCUCAGAAGGCGCUGUGCACUCCAGCAGUUUACCAACAAGUGCUCUACACGUACAUACGAGAUAUUUAUUCAUUAUGGCUAUAAUACCUUGGCUGUUGACUGUAUGUGUCACGCUUAACAAACACGUUUUUUUUUUUUACACUGACGAGUUCCAUUUAUGAUUCCUUCCCUCUGUAAAAAUGCAGAUCACAGCAGUUUUGAAAUGCUCGACCUGACAAGGAAGGGAAAAAAAAGAAGCACACAAUGAAAAAGAUGGAUGCUGGCAAAGGCAAUUUGAAAUAAUUGGGACUUUUGCAGUUAAAAGUAAACGCAUCUCUUAUCAAUUACACAGUCUACCUAGCACACAACAUUUAAUGUAGCCAAUCCAACUGUUAUAUUAUGGUGUGAUUGAAACUAUGAGGCAGAUGAACAGUGGCAUUUCCUGUGAAAUAGUAACAAACAUCAUACCUAAUAAGAGCACAGAAAUAUAUAACAUAUAUAUAUAUAUAUAUAUAUAUAUAUAUAUAUAUAUAUAUAUAUAUAUAUAUAUAUUCAAAUUCAAUUCAAAACCAUUUAAAUUAAAUAUAUCGUUUUGUACAUCGUCUAAUCAAGUAAUUUUCUUGUUGUUGUUCAAAACUGUUCUACCUAAGAAUCUAAUCAAGCCUAUAUUUGUCUUUGUGAUUUGAUGUUUUCACAUUUUAACACCAUUACUGACGUUCUUUCUUCUUGUUUUGACUGUAAUAUACAAUUUUAUGAUGCUAUUUGUGUGGCAUUCUGGGAAAAACCAUCAGAUGUUGCUGCAGCCAAAUUACAGUAAACCACCAAAAACAGACCUGCCAAUCUUCUUUACCCUAGGACCUUCAAAUAGACUGUUACUGCUAUGAGUUAUCACUUAAAAUUAUGCCAUAAAGAGCCAGCUUUGGGUUUUUUCCCUUAGUAAAAAUGUACAUGAAUGAAUGAAUGAAUGAAUGAAUGAAUGAAUGAAUGAAUAAAUGAAACAGUUAAUUGACUUUCUUUUAGCUUCGCCCCUUUUCCUCCUUUGCUUAUUGAUAAGUGUGUUCUCAUCUAAUCUCUGUUAAUCUCCUGUUAUUUUUCUUACUCUAAUGACACGUUCUCACUUUUUGAAAAUGUAAAUCUGAUUUUUUUUAGCUCAAUAAUGUGAAAUAAAACUGAUAACUUUUAGAUUUGACAAUUUAUUAUAGAAGACACAGGAUAUAAAGAGAUAUUUCCUAUAAAAGAGCUCCAUAAAAAUAUAAUGAAGUGCCAAAUCUAAUGCUUUACAAAUGAAACUAAAAUGUAAUGAUAAUUAAAAAGUGAUUUAAAAAAAAUGGGGUUUUGAUCCCAUGCAUCUAGUGGUUACUGUAAAAUCCCUGACUUCAGCAAGCAUGUUAUUGCUUUUCAGGGUUGGCAGGUCUGCAAAAAAAGCUUUUUUUGGGCUUAGGGGAAAACAUGUGCAUAUCAUUUGAGGAGUAUAUGUGAGAAAAUAUCAGGGUUUUGCCAUAUAAAGGUUUUUCCAAGCCAGCACGUUUAUGUUCUACACCAUAAUGUAGAUACACAUUAGGUUUAGUGCCCAACGUGUGGAGACAAGUCACUCUAGAUGUCCUUCUUUGCUUCGAAAUCGAACCUUUAGAGUAAAGAACACAUUGAGACUGCAUUAGAUUCAAAAGACAUUUUCUUUUUGGAUGCUUUCCGGAAGGCAUCCCAGUGUAGCAGUGUGUUUUAAAUCAGGACUCACUCAUUGAGGCUUUCAGUGGACAUAACUUAUGCGGCAGAGCUCCAAGUGAUAAACACAUGUGGACUGAACUCCCUAAAUGACUUUCCUUUUGCAAUCCCUGGAAAUAACAUCAUUGUUUUGAAAGUAGUUAUUAAUUAGAAUAUGAAACCUCCUUUAUUAGCCAUCAUACAUUACAGCUGUUGAGGUUUACAUGUUUCUAUGUUAAGAAAUAGAUCUAACAUUUUGGUGAAUAACUGCAGGUAACUGUUUGAUGACUUGACAAAUUGAUGUACUGUUUUUGAUUCCUACCUGUACCGAACCAUGUUUCUGAUGUCCUCAGGCCCCGGCACUAUAGACACAACCUGUUGCUGUUGUAGGUGGAAUCUGUGAAAUGGGUACAAAUUACUUUCUGGUGUGUGCGGUUUAUGAACCUCUUAUUUUUUUCCUCUCCUUUGUGAAUUGAACAACUUUCCAAUUUUCCAAGAAAACUGUUGAACAACUGUUCUUCUAUUUCAUACAAGCAGAAAUAAAGUUGUCAGAUGAGUCGUUUCAGUCAUUCUGCUUUGUCAUACUUCAUCGCAAUGAGUCCUAACUGGUAUUGCAAUCAAGUCUUGAGACAUUUAUAGAUACAUAAGAAAUAGAGACAUUUUCAUAUGUCCUUUUUCCCAGGUUGGAUGCAUGUCAUUCAAUAAACACUGGCUGCAUGAGGUUUUCAAUCUGGCUACCUCAGCUGAACUUACGUUACCCUAGAACCAUUGUUCUCCAAGUGUGGGGUCCAUCAAGCAAUAGUCUGAAGCAUUUUCUAAAUUUGUUGUUUUACAAAUCACAAGCCAAAAUUAUUAAACUUAUUAUACCAAUAAAUAAC